ACGAGCGCGCGCACGCCGCCGCUGUCGCGGGCCCCCUCUCGCGGGCGCGAGCACGCCACCGUCCUCGUCGUUGUAGCGGCCGCUCCGGCUGGCCUUGGGGGCGGGGCUGUAAGGGAAAGUGCCAAAGCCGCUGAGUGAAGUAAGAAUUCUACUAGCGAGGAAAUGGCUGCCUCUUCAUCAUCCUCCUCAGCUGGUGGGGUCAGUGGAAGUUCUGUCACUGGAUCUGGUUUCAGUGUCUCAGACCUUGCCCCACCACGGAAAGCCCUUUUUACCUACCCCAAAGGAGCUGGAGAGAUGUUAGAAGAUGGCUCUGAGAGAUUCCUCUGCGAAUCUGUUUUCAGCUAUCAAGUGGCAUCCACGCUUAAACAGGUGAAACAUGAUCAGCAAGUCGCUCGGAUGGAAAAACUAGCUGGUUUGGUAGAAGAGCUGGAGGCCGACGAGUGGCGGUUUAAGCCCAUUGAGCAGCUGCUGGGGUUCACACCCUCUUCAGGUUGAUGCUGCCUGGAUGGUCACCUCUGGUGGGAAGCGCAGAGCCAGCGAGGGACUUUCUCACAGAUUACAUAGCCAUCCAGAGAUUCACAGCUACAUCACUGAAUUGUUAAUUCACAUUUGUACUUGGUGUCUCUGUAUCUAUCCACAAGCAACAAAUACUUAAACAUGUUAUCUUGCAGGGAAAAUUUGUGUUUAUUUGUUUUAAAAAGUAUUGGGAAUCAGAUUAAGACAAUCAUUUUCAGGGAACCAGGAAGUUUAGGUUUAAGAGAUAUUUAUAAAAUUUUCACGAGCCAGGUAGGGCACAUGCCAGAAUUGGCCAACUGCAUGGCGUCUGUCCUGUCAUCCAUACAGUGCCUGGAAAUCUUCACCAGUCAAGUCCAAGGUCAGGAUCUAUGGUUAUAAAAUACAUUUCUGAUCUAAAACAGUUCUUUCUGCAGAUGAAUGUGAUUUCAACUCAGGACCUGUCCAAAUGAAUUUUCAAAUGUUUGGGUUUUUUCUAUUUUUAGACAUCUAAUUCAAUAGAUUUUAAUUUUUUCUAACCUCUUCUAAAUAUGCCAAAUGCUGGCAAAAAGAAUUGCUUUUUGAAUAUUGCAGCAUUUGUAAAAAUAGCAAAAUACUUUUAAACACAGAGAUCUUGAGUUCAUCUCAUUGGUGGACUCAAGCAAUUCUAUAGCAAAUAAAUCCUCUGAAAGAGCUCCA